GUCUGUCUCUCCCGGCUUAGGCACCGUGAGAGAAAAUGGCACCGCUCGCAUCUCUCUCGACCUUGGUGGCACUGGCCCUCCUUGUGGGUAGCAGCGUUGCCAAGCAGCCCAAUAUUCUGUAUAUUCUCUCUGAUGAUGUUGGCUGGAACGAGGUGUCAUGGCACAACCCGGACAUGAUCACGCCCAACCUGCAAGAACUGGCGGACGAGGGCGUGGUUCUGGAACACCAUUAUACCAACUCGCUGUGCACGCCCUCUCGCUCCGCCCUUAUGACGGGGUAUUACGCCCACAAGCUGGGGAGACAGAGGAUCGUCAUCUACGCGGCCCAACCCGCUGGACUGACUCUCAACGCCACGCUCUUCCCCGAGAGACUGAAGGACUUGGGCUACAACACGCACAUCGUUGGGAAAUGGCACCUCGGAUUCUGCAACUGGGCCUACACACCGACUUAUAGAGGAUUCGACACCUUCUUCGGGUAUUAUAAAGCACAAGACGGCUACUUCUCACACUCGCAAUACGGCGGUUUCGACAUGAGAGACGGAGAACGCGUGGCCUGGGAAGCCAACGGGACGUACAGCAUGUAUCUGUUCGCUGACAAGGCCAUAGAAGUGAUCGAUUCCUAUAAGGACAGAGAGGAUCCCUUCUUCCUCUACCUGGCGACGCAGAAUGUUCACGUGCCUCUUGAGGUCCCUGAGAAGUACACAGACAUGUACCCUGACGAGACGGACGAGGACAGACGGAAGCUGAUAGCGAUGGUGACAGCGAUGGACGAAGGUGUUGGCAGAGUCAUCCAGGCUUUGAAGGACAACGGACUCUAUGACGAUACUAUUAUAGUCUGGACUGCAGAUAAUGGUGGCAGGGAAUAUAAAGACAACAACAAACCCCUCCGCGGCUACAAGGGGUCGCUGUUCGAGGGCGCCACCCGCGUGCCCGCCGUCAUCCGCUCGCCGCUUCUGGAGUCGACGCCGCGGGUGUACGACGGCCUCAUGCACAUCGUCGACUGGCAGGACACCCUCCUCGCCGCCAUAGGAGCCUCGGAGGUCGCUGGGGACGAUGGGAUCAAUCAGUGGGAGGUCCUGAGGGCGCCCGCUGCCUCCCCGUUGCCCGAGCCUCCCCGCACGGAGUUUUUCUAUAACAUGGACUUCGUGCCCGGGGUCGGGAUCGACGGCGGGAUUCGAGUUGGCAAAUACAAGUACAUGAGAGGGCUUAUGCUGUAUACAAACGAGACGGGGCCUUGGCUUUUCAAUCUGGAAGGUUUCUCAAAGGUCGUUGCAUUCGGACUCACUAAAUACAACAUAGUCCCCAACCGCCUCGCCACGCUCGCCAUGUUGCAGAAUGUUGCAGAAGGAUUCCUCGAGUGCAAAACUGUGCAAAUGCGACCGAUUUUCUUCCUUCUAGAACGAUCGGUGUGUCAUGUCCGUCACCGAAAUAUAUUUUUUGUAUCAUGCAAUGAAACAGGAAAUUUUGAUGCUGCACAUUUGAAAUUAUUAAUCACCUCAAGAGAUCACGUCAAAACUACUAUCAAAAUCCCAAAUACACAUCAGUAUAUCACAUCACAUCACCAUCGUAAUAUCAAAAUAUGA